AUGGAUUCGAACUUACAGUUCACCGUUGGGGAGGACGAUUCGGGCGGGCUUAGUGAGGAGGAGUAUUUCCGUAUCACUUCUUCGAGUGGGGAUGACGAGGAUGACUCCUAUGAGAAUGACUUAGAGACGGCUGAAAUGGGUGACGAAACCCACGGGAAUGGGGUCGGCCCAGGCCAGGAGACAUGUGUGGGUGAUGCUCCCAGUUUUAGGUCCACGGAGGAUUUCCUGGACAAAGUGUUUAGUACCGAGGAAGAGGCUUAUGCGUCAUACAAACAGUUUGCCAGGCUUAGGGGGUUUGGUGUAAGGAAGGGUGACGUGACUCGAAUGAACGGUAUUUUGGUAAGACGAGACUUUUUUUGUCACUGUCAAGGUACAAGGCAUGAGAAACACUACAAUCGUCCAGAAAGAGUAAGGGAGGAUAAGCCGGAGAGUCGCACGAUUUGUUCAGCGAAGCUGAAAAUUUACUAUGGUUUGCAAGAUCAGGUGUGGAAAGUCUGGAGGAUAGACGACAACCAUAACCACCCUCUUGCUACAACCAUGUUUACUCAUCUUCUUCCCAGUCACCGGAAUCUAAGUGAGAGUGAUAAGGCUCAAGUUGAUAGUCUAAAAAAGUUUGGGAUUGCGACAUCGAAGAUUAUGGCGUACAUGGCUGGGCAGUCAGGGGGUACGGGAUGCUUCAGUUUACGAAGAGGGACCUGUAUAAUUACAUUCACAGCCAAAGGAUAG